GCAACACUUUUGUCAAACUCGACGACGACGACGACGUCGAAGAAAUCUGGAAUCAAAUCGCAAUAAAAAUUUUGGUGUCGUAAAAUUCCGUGCUUCAGUUGGUCCGUUCCGGGUGCGUUUGACCACUUCCGUCGUGUGUGUUCAGUUCUGCGCCGGUAUCGAGUAUCGUUUGGCGGACGAGUUCGCCGCAAUAAGAUUGUCCAACCGCUCCAAGUCCAUCCAAGUUAGAACUGUUGUUUUAAAGUAUCAGUAUAGUCAGGCCGCGACUGAGAAGGGAGAAAGUCAAUCUAAAAAUAGGUCGGCAAAUAGAGCACCAGCAGCACCAUCUUCGGCAGUUGCUGCUCUACCUUGGCCUAAAGCAAAUAACUUUACUACCAACCGCCCCCAUCGCAGCAGCAACAAAACAAAAAAGAGUCAACACGCGCUGCUGCUUCAUUCAACCGACCGAAGAAUAACCAUCGCCCCUGCCUACCACCCUGUGAUUCUAGCCCCGGUGCUCUCCGGAAAACCGGAGUUUACAGCAAUGUUAGCUUUCCUAAAACUUUAAAAGUUGUUCAACAUUCCGGGGAGGUCCGAUUGUUGAUGAUGAUAAAACAACAACGACAACAGCAACCACAUAAAAUUGGGAUGUGAAAUCACGAAGAAGCAGGAAUAUUGAAUGUUGUUUGGUCGAUAUUAAAAAAAAUAGUAGGAAGGGUAAAGGGGGCUAUGUGCCGUCCUAGUUUGUUGUCUAUUUUCGCAAUAGUUAGCAAUAGUCCUAUCGAAAAAUACUCCGACGAAGGUUAUGGAAAAGCGUGCUCGCUCGGUCAGAGUGUCUAUGUUGUAUCUAUGUGAUGGAAUCCCAGUACCUAGAUAGGUAAACGAGAAGUGAAACGAGCAAAUUGAAAUUUGAUGUUUAUUCAGGAGUUGUGUUGUGAUUCAACAACCGUUUUGAGUUGAGAAGAGUAUCCAUCCGGGAAACCGGGGAGUAUCCUAGUAUCCUUUCGGUCGUUGGCCGGGAGUGCCUCAGCAAAUGAUGUGCCUUGAGAUGCGAGCCUUACCGGUGUUGUGGUGGUAGCCUGACGAAGCUCACCCGAAGCACAGUGUUAAAAAAGUUUGUGCGUGCGUGCGUAUCCAUUCGGUUUUCGCUUCCUGGAUUUGAUCUCUCACUCACUGCUCUCCUUGGCUGACUGGCAGGACACGACGGACGACGAGCAUCACAAGCUGACACGUGUGAGUGUUUGUGGAGCGCGUACUCGUGAAUGCGCCUGUCAAUCCAUGCGUUCGACUCCGACCGACCGAACGACGGAGAGCAGCACCCAUCAUUUCUCCGGGAAUCGCCCGUUUAAUGUGUGUACCAUCGUUAAUUGAUGAUUAAAGUCAGACCAGGCGCAACAAGCAACAGAUAACAAGUGAUACUAGCCUAGUCCAGUCGGAGUCCAGAGUGUCGGAUACGAGAGGAACAAGAAGAAAAAUCACAAGAAGAAAAGCUUUAGAUACAACUAUUUUUUCCUGGAAAGACAGGACGAAGAAAAGAAACGUUUCGAGUGACGUGCGUCCUUUGAAGUUCAAAUACCCUCGAUUUAGUUUGGCGAGGGUAGAGCAGAAGAAAGUGAAUCAAAAAGUGUGUCUUUCCUUUACUGUGGAAAGGUGGCUCCAGAGAAUUGUUCUCGGCGUCGAGUGUGUAGCGCUGAAGCAUGCUGUUAAAAUGUGCAAAUUCCCCGAUUAGACGCAUCCCCGUAAGCCAUCAGCUAACCGGAGGAGAACAAUCCGCGGCUGUUCCUUCGACUGGAUCCUUGACCACUGGCACCAUUGUCACGACAACUGUGGGAACCACCACCACCAAUUCCACCAUCAUUGGCACGGGUGGUUCCUCGGGCAAGGGCAAGGGCAAAGGACGAACGAGUUUCCUCCGGAAUGGAUCAUCAUCGGCAGCCAGUUCCAAUAACCACCAUCAUCACGGAUCCCUGAACGGAGGCCACAGUGGAACGGCAGGAAAAUUAAACAUCAGCCCUAGCCAGUCGCUGGCAUCCAAGCUGCACCGGAAGGUGCUGCGUGUUCCCUCGAAACGUAUCCCUGGGAAGGUCCAUCCCGGCAAGCUUGCAUCCGUUGCCAGCAAAUUAACCGCUGCAAAGCAACGACUACACCAUCACCAACAGCAGCAGCAGCAGCAACAACAGUUGAACCUUCAACAACGUCCUAACACCAACAACAACAACAACAACAACAACAACAACAACAAUUCCACCACAAAUAGUAACAGUAACAACAACAGCAGUGCUAAUAACUGUGAUAACUCCAACGAUUCCGGUCUCGGAUUUGACCGCAAUCUCGACCUCAGUGCCCUUCAGUUCCACACCAGCAAUCCUCAACAUCAACAGCAAUCGUCGAUUGGCAACAGCGGCGGCAUCAGUGGAGGUGGUGCCCGAGCAAUCCAUCACAGCAGCAGCAGCAGCAACAGCUUGUUCGCCGAAGAUGAAGGCGUUGAAAGUGAAUUCGCUCCAAUCAUCUCAAGUGGUGAUGGUCGAAGAGCGACUCGUGGCAAACCUGCCAGCAUUUUUAGCGGAAUGUCGUCCAUCAACCGGAACCGGACCGGAAGUCGUUCCUCGACGACGAGUGCCAGUAGUCGCAGCAGCAGUGCUGCCAGCAACAAAUCGAUCAAAAGAUCCCACGUAGAGUUGGAUGACUCAAGUGCCUGUUCCGGUGAACUAUUUGUACUGACAACGGGACUCGGAAAGCCAGUCCCGGCUUGCAAACCAACGACCGUUGGAGGAAAUAGUUCUAAGCUCAGUUUAGGAUCCAGUAAACAAAUUCCUCCCAGUAGCAAUGGAGCCGUCGGCUUUGCCCGGAAAGUGGCAGUUCCGAAGAAAAUUAUUAUACCGGUUCUAGGCAAAGGCCACAGUAGCAGCUGCUCAUCGACGACGACAACGACGGCUGGAAGUGGCAAAUCUACGAUCACAAUAACCCCAACCGCUGACUAUAAUGCCCCGUCACUAUCAUCAUCAUCAUCAUCAUCGACGUUGUCCAAUAAUGUGUCGUCGUCGCCGGUCUCAUUAUCAUUGUUACAUUCAUCGUCGCCAUUAUCAUCGAUUUCAUCACCAAAAGCACCUACAACAACAACAACAACGAUGAUUGCCGCCAAUAAAGUUAUGACAUCAUCGCCAUCACGAAGCCUGAAUCGAUUGCCGGGUAAGCGACCGCCACUCGUCCCAGGAGCCCUAGCAACAGCAACGGGUUCAUCAGCCGCAGCAGCGACCCCAUUUCCUGGCAGCAGCAACGCCAACAGUAGUAGCAUCGUCACAUCACUUCAAUCUCAGCUGACCAGCUCGACGCGGGAUGGCAAAAUCCAGCUUCAGAUUCUCACCCAGCCGGAGCAACAGCACCGGGCCCGAUACCAGACCGAGGGUUCCCGGGGGGCUGUCAAGGAUCGCAGCGGCAACGGCUUUCCGGUGGUUCGGCUGAUGGGUCACCACAAACCGACCGCACUGCAGGUUUUCAUCGGAACCGAUGUAGGCCGAGUGAUGCCGCACAUGUUCUAUCAGGCGUGUAAGGUGUCCGGGAAGAACUCGACGCCCUGCGUCGAGCGCAAACUCGAGGGCACAAUGGUGAUCGAGGUGGACAUGAAGCCCGAGAACGAUAUGACGGUGACGUGCGAUUGCGUCGGUAUUCUGAAGGAGCGAAAUGUCGAUGUGGAGCAUCGCUUUCCGGAUCAGAGCGGAGCGCGGGCCAAGAAGAAGUCCACCCGUUGUCGGAUGGUUUUUCGUGCGCUCAUCGCCCGGGAGGACGGUGGCCUCGAGUGGUUGCAGGUGUGCUCACAACCGAUUGUUUGCACUCAACCACCGGGGAUACCGGAAAUCUGUAAGAAAUCUCUCAUCUCCUGCCCGGUUGAGGGCGGCUUGGAGCUGUUCAUCAUCGGGAAAAAUUUCCUCAAAGAUACCAAGGUGGUGUUCCAGCGUCGCAAGGCACCCCUCGGUUCCGGCUCGGCUCAGCAGAUCAGUGUGAUCCCAUGGGAACAAUCGGUGGUACCGGACAAGGAGUAUCUGCAGCAGACCCAUCUCAUCUGCACCGUGCCGCCCUACGUUAGUCAGGAAAUUCAGGAACCGGUGGUAGUGCAGGUUUUCAUUAUAUCGGCCGGCAAGAGGAGUGAUUCGCACAACUUCACUUAUACCCCUAAGGGACAACACACGCCGUUAACUGCGGCCACUACGAUGGCGGGAGGUCCGCUCAGUGGAAGUCCUUUCUUCGGCAGUUCGUUGACAACGUCUGGUUCUAGUGGAGCAACGGCGGGAGCGAAUGGUGGUGGUGGUGGUGUUCUUGAAAACGUAGUUUGUGAAGGUUCUAGCGAUGCCAUCGGUGGUAGCGCCGCCAGCUUCAAUUCUCUAAACACUAGCUUUAGUAGCAACACCAGUGAAGAUGGCAAGAAAGAAUUGUUCUUGUGGGGUUCGGAGCUCUCAUCGGCGGUGCAGGAAAAGCUGGACACGGGCAUGAUGCCUCCACCGGUCAAUGUGCUACCCUUUGGUGGCGGUGUCGUCGUCACAGGACGAAGAUCUUCGCUUCUGGCCGAGCAACUAAACAUUUCCUCACCACCCAACUUCAAGUCCGAGCUAGUGGACGAAAACAGUCAAAGUCCGCUGAACGAAGACUCGCUGGAUAGAUUUCCAGACACGACUGAUAAUUCGAUCGAUAACAGUCACAUACUGUAUCGACGACGCAGUGUUCGACAGCCGAGCAUGGACUUGAUGGAAGACAGCUCCAGCAUGUCAAUGCUUGUCAAUGAAAACAGUGCCAUGGACGUGGGUGGUGCGGUAUCUGGACUGGUAGGAUUCCGCGGUGGUUUGAGCACCCUGAUGGAAACAAAUGAAAUAAGCAACUCGUCCAGUUCUCCCUCAGCAUGUGAGCUUAAGGUCAUGGAUUUGUGUAUUAAACAAGAACAGCAGCAACUCUCGGCAACGGCUAGGAACCAAAUUGAGCAGAUGAUUGCUAACAGCAGUAUGAACCAGGUUGAACAAUUGAAGGCCCAACUUAACGUCGAAGGGAUGUUAAGUGCAGCAGUGCAACAAGGAGCUCUGGAAAAGCAAGCAAUCGAAUCGACCCUGGCCAACAUCGUGAGUAAUCAACAACAAUCAGUCAUGAUGGAUAGUGCUUCAGUAACGAUGUUGCACAGCGAUGUUGGAAAUGGAAAUUCUCCCCUGUCCCAGGACGUUAUGCUGAAUUCUCAGAACUCUAUUGCCGUAUCAUCUGCUGCCAAUCUAGUGUUAUCUUCGGCUUCCUCUGGAUCGGCUGACGUAAGUCCUCACCCCCACAACUCGAUAUCUCCCGAUAUCAUCCUUAACCCCACCGUAUCACCGACCUCGAUGAUCUGUAGUCCAUCAAACGCAACAGUAGCCGCCACGGCUGCAGCUGCUGUUGCAGCAGUAGCAGCCGCCUCCGAAAGUACCGGAUUACUCCCCAAUCAAAUGUUCAACAACAUGGCAGCCGUUGCUGCCAAUAUGAUCGAGAAGCAACCGAAAGAAACCACCCAGGCGGUGCAGGAUAUCAUCCUCAACGCUGCCGCCGAAAUUCUCACCUCCCAGGAACCCUCGGUGGCCACUCAAACAACCAUUAACGCAUUGAUCUCGAUGAAUGCACAAGAAAUGAUGACUACCUCAUGCUCGCCGCAGUCUCAAUCUCUCCUGUCUCCAACGACGACCCUUCUACCUCAAUGCCAAUCCACGAACAUGGGGGCCCCCGAAUCCAUGAACAACGCACUGCACCACCAACAGCAGAUGGUACAGAACCUACUCACCGAAAGCCUUCAACAGCAACAGCAAGCCGCGGCAGAAUCUCUUAUGCUAAACCUGGCAGCGGCGGCGGCGGCAUCUCAUCAAAACCUACACACAUCACCCGGUGGCGGCGGCGACCAUCAGCAGCAAGCCCUACCCGAGCAAAUGGACAUCGGAAAUCCGAUGAAUCAGCAACAGCAGCAGCAGCAGCAGCAGCCACCCCAACAACCCAUGGAUACCACGGUUUCGCUUCCGAUGCAGGUACAACAAGAACAACAGCAGCAACAGCAGGUAGAAUCAAGCCAGGCUGCCACCCCAACCGCUCCGGAUCAGCUGAUGGCAACCGUAAGCAGCCCGGAGCAACAACAGGCUGCCGCCGCUGCCAACAUACCCCAGGAGCUGACCAUCAUGUCCGACAACGAUCUCAUCAGCUACAUCAAUCCGAACGCGUUCGAUGCAGUUUGAGCUAUGGUGUGGUUUUGGUCGGAACCUGAGCCGGAAUAGCCCUUCCGAAUGAUCCCUCGAAAUGUUUCGUUAAUUGUCAUCAUCCCCGGACAACCCACAUCGCCGACCAACGUUCUCUUUUUUGUUCGUUCGUUUCGGUUUGCAACAUGAAUCGAUUUUUAUGGAAGCCAACUCUAUUAGCUAAGCCAACCUAAAUCGCCGAUUACGGGCAACCGAUUUCACCUUAAGCAGAUUACUGCGCAUACAUAGCACUUUUUGACUCUUAGAUAAACUAACAACAACAUACAGAAAAAAAAAAUCAAGCUAGAUAAAAAAAUUCAACAUUUUUAAGAAACUUCUCAACGCACCUCGAUUUUAACAGAUUUUCUGCAACAAAGAUUUAUAGACGUGUGUUUUUCAGCUUUUUCUCGAUGUAUUUUUCCAAUUUUAACUUUGACAAAGCUGUGAAAUCAAAAUGCAUGAAUAUUACGAGCAAAGAAAUCUAUAAUGUUUUACACUUUUUCUUCAUUCAAAUCUGCCGAUACACAAUUAUUAAAUACAAAAUCACAAAUUCUGAAACAUGCGAGCUUACCCGGUUUCACAUCCAGGGACGAUUGGCGAUACUAGAGUGACCGACGAAGGUAGGAAAAAAGGAAAAAGAACAAUCGGAACGCGGAAACGUAGAGAAUUGAUCAAUUACAAAUUAUACAUAUACAUACAGUUUAAGCCUUAUGACCGUUGUUGUCUAAAACAAAAAAAAAAAUCACACACAAAGUACCGAACAGAGAGAAAACAGUCGAGAAGAAUUUUUUAAACUUAUAAAUGUUACAAGAAAAUAUUUAGGAUCGAGUUUUUUUAACCGGUGGAAAAAAUAAUAACGACAGAUCAUCAGCCGUUUUGCGUCGUUUCGAAAUUAUACCUAUACGAGAUAUUUACAUAGUUAAGCAGAUAGAAGAAGCCAGUUGACGGCGAAGCAAAACGAAAGUACGAUAAUAAACACAAAGCUGAAACUGUCGGUACAUUAUUAUAAUAUAGAUAUAAAACCCCUGCACCAUACAGACUGCCAUACAGAAUUUUAGGGAAAAUUAUACAAUUAAGUGUAUCAGAGAGAAGAGGAAAAAAACAUUAAAAUUAGUUAUUAUUGAUGUUAUUUAUCAAACCAAUUUGCUGAAGUGAGUAUUUUUAAGAGCAACCCGUACUGAUUAUAGAACAAAAGGGUUCAACAAAAACGAAAAUCGAAAGGCCGAAGCUUUGCGCACUGGCAAAAUAUUAAGUUAGCAAAGGGCGACAGAAAGAUUAGGAAAGUAUAAAUGUAGGAUUCGUUGAUAUUACAUAUUAUGAUUUUUGUGUAUAGCAGCUCAGUUUUCAAAUUAGCGCGAAAUCACUUAUAAGCAAUUUGCGUUCAAACUAAAACCUUAUUAGUGAGGUACUCAGUCCCUAUGUUUUAAGUUUCGUAUGUGUAUUUCAUAAUGGUUAUGUUUUUAUAUAAGUAUAUUUUCUGUUUAACUUUACCAAGUGCAGUCAGACCUUGUUGUGUUUUUUGCGCCCAUAGUAUUAGGUCCAUAUAAGAAAAAAGUUGUUAUAUUUUUACUAUAGACUGUUUGCUAAGCAAACCGUAUUCUCCAGUCCCCGAGCAGAGUGCAGUAAAGUUUAUUUUUCCUUUGGGAUUAUACCAACACGCGAAUCAAUUGCCAACCGUAUAGAACAAACAAAACGAUACAGGAAUGACACGCGCACGGAACGUACAACGAUCCUAUGAUAGAGUUAGACGAGCUCACUGAUUAUUAAAAAAAGGAAGGAUAACCUACGAUGAAUGGCGACAAACACCUAAAUCAUCAUCCUGACGGUAGUCAUUGUCGUAUGACCUUUAAGAUAAAUACCGAAAACUCAAACUUUGUUACAAGUCGUUUUUGCUAUAAUGGAAUAUUUCAUAUUAUUGAUGUAUUUCACAGUGAUUGAAAAAGAACUAAUAAAUUCUUAACGUAUGUACUUCAACAGAA